AGGCUUCUCAUUUUAACCAAACCUAACAAGCAAAUGCAGCUCGGAGGCGGAUUGCUGUGGGUCGGCAUUGCCGCUAUCCUGUGCAUUGCGGCAUCGUCGGUCGACGCAGCCACGACCACGCGCCCCAUCAUCGGCAUUCUGGCGCAGCCCGGGCCGAACACUGGCGAGCAGUACAUUGCAGCGAGCUACGUCAAGUACGUCGAGGCUGCCGGCGCGCGCGUCGCCCCGAUCUUCUACAACGAGACUGCGGACAACGUGCGCACGCUGGUCGCGUCGCUCAAUGGCGUGCUGUUCACGGGCGGCGGCGCAGACAUUUCGGUCGGGACGCAGUUCUACUCGACCGCGCUGGUCAUUUACAAUACCAUUCUGCAGCUCAACGAUGCCGGAAUCUACAUGCCGCUCUGGGGCACUUGCAUGGGCUUUGAGCUCAUCAACAACCUCGUGUCCAACGCCAAUGUGCUGGGAUCGGUCGACGCCGAGAAUUACACUGUUGCGUUGGAUUUUACUCCCGAGUUUGCUUAUUCGCGCAUGUUUGGUCGCGCUCAGCCAAUCAUCAUUCAAAACCUUGCCACCAAGAACAUUACCAUGAACAACCACAUGCUGAGCGUCUAUGUCUCUACCUUCAAUGCUACCGCUGCUCUCACGUCGUUCUUUAACGUGCUGUCAACCAACUACGAUCGCCAGGGUGUUCAUUUUGUUUCAUCCAUUGAAGGCAAAAAGUAUCCCGUCUACGCAACCCAGUGGCACCCUGAAAAGAACCAGUUCGAGUGGGUCAACGAAGUGAUUGAUCACUCGGCAGACGCCAUCUACACGAUGCAGUACAUGGCCAACUUCCUCGUCGGCGAAGCUCGCCAGAACAGCAACCGCUUUGCCAAUGCCGCUGCAGAGAGCAGUGCGCUCAUCUAUGCCUCUGCCAGGCAUCUGUACGACUCGGGCGAAACUGCCGAUGCGUCCUUCGAGGAGACCUAUGUUUGGUGAAAGCCCGCUCAAAUACAAAACACUCGCUCGUAUUUCAACUCGCAACA